AUGGGUGACCCCACUACUCCAUCAUCCUCUCAAUGUCCUGCAACUCCAGUCACUUCUCCACACAAGGCGGCGGACUCGAAGGAUGCUGUCAUGGGCGUCAUUUACUCCACUUGGAAGGUGUUGCAUGAGGCAGAGCCUCUAGAUCCAGCUGUGGAUUCUGAAUUCCUGAUACGUGAGUUCCUUUCUGCCCUGCAUGAUCUUCGUGCCUUUUCAGACUUGGUAUUGCAAACACGCUAUACCCAGUCUUGCCAAAAAGCCCAGGUGCAUCUUGACUCCUUCGUUCAACCGUUGUGGCUAUCGUGGUGCGCAGAGUUGAUCUCGCCUGAGCGGGCUGCUGCCUUCUCAGUGAACAAGGAACUGAGCCCCCCUCCAGUGGCUGAGGCUUUUGCACAUACUUUUUCUGAUACUGGGGAGGUUGCGGCCUCUGACUCUCCAACCGCUUCCACCGGCGUCGACGAUACUCUUCUCUCAGUUGCUCUGGCCUCUUUUUCUGUGGUGGCCAUGCCUGUCAUGGCUUCUGCUGCUCUUGGUGAUCCUGUCCCUAAGUUCGAGUUUCAGGCUCGUGCAGCCAACCCGGUCACUAUCAACCCUCCUUCUGACUCCGAUACUGCAGCCAUGGAGGUUGAUUCUCCACUCGCUACCAUGGUCAAUAAACUUCCCUCUGCACAUGUCUCCGAGACCAUCGAGCUCUCCAGCAACAAUGAGGAUGACAGUGACAGUGACGAGGUCAAGUUCAUAGGUGGCACGAUCCCCAACUUGUCUUCAGUGCAUUUGAAGAAGGGCAAGGGCCGCAGUCGCAAGUCUAUCAAAGCUUCCAAAAUGACUACGACCUCAGAGGACCAAGUAUCUUCCAGCUUGGCAGAAGCCAUCUAUCGCUUUUUUGGUCUGGCCCAUACCUUACCCGACAUGCCCAAGCCCGAUGUUGAGUUCGAUGCUGAAGAUGCACCUGAGGUUGUGACCGUCAAGCAAGAGAAGGGCACUGCCGGGCCUUCUCAUUGUAAGCUGGUGAUUCCUCCACCACUGCGUGAUCAUUUCGACAGGCCUCCCAAGCGUCCUCGCUUUGAAGACUCUGACCCUGAUGACAUCAUGAUGCAGCACACCCACACUGACACCAUCGUUGUUCCAUCAACCAAGGUCCUCAAGCCAUGCUCAUCGAAAGGCAAAUCUCAUGCAAAGGGCUCCUCCAAGGUUGCGACCAUGAAGUCAGAGCUGAUUCACGUUUUGACAGCUGUCAUCAAGCCCUCUGCAGCUAGUACGCAACUUGAGCAGAUGAUUGAGCUUUCACAACAGCUCCUCGAGGAGAACCAUGCCUUGAGGGCUCGCAAGUCGUGA